AUGAGAGGAGCAAAUAAGACCCAGUUUUCAGAAUUCCUUCUCCUGGGAUUCUCAGAGGACCCUGCACUGCAGCCCUUCAUCUUUGGGCUCUUCCUCUCCAUGUACAUGAUCACUGUAAGCGGAAACCUGCUCAUCGUUCUGGUCAUACUCUCUGAGCCCCAACUCCACACACCCAUGUACUUCUUCCUCGUCAACCUGUCCUUGGUGGACAUCUGCUUCACCUCCACCACUGUCCCCAAGAUGCUGGUGAACAUCCAGACACAGAGCCAAAACAUCAGCUAUGCAGGCUGCCUCACACAGAUGUUCUUCUUCAUAUUGCUCUCUGUGUUGGAUGAUGUUCUCUUGGCUGUGAUGGCUUAUGACCGGUUUGUGGCCAUCUGCCACCCCCUCCACUACACAGUCAUCAUGAACCCCUGGUUCUGUGUGCGGUUGGUCCUGAUAUGUUGGAUCAUCAGUGUCCUCCACGCCUUUUUGCAAAGCUUAAUGGUUUUGCGACUGUCCUUCUGCCUGCACAUGGAAAUCCCUCACUUUUUCUGUGAACUGAGUCAGGUGAUCCACAGUGCCUGCUCUGACACUUUUCUUAAUGAUCUUAUGAUUUAUAUUGUGUCAAUGCUGCUGGGUGGAAUUCCCCUGGCCGGGAUCCUGUACUCCUAUUCUAAGAUCGUCUCCUCCAUCCGUGCCAUUUCAUCAGCUGAGGGCAAGAAUAAAGCCUUUUCCACCUGUGCCUCUCACCUCUCUGUCGUCUCCUUAUUCUAUUGCACAGGGUUAGGUGUUUACCUUAGUUCUGCUGUUUCUCAAAACCCAAGUUCAAUUUCGGCAGCCUCGGUGAUGUACACUGUGGUCACCCCCAUGCUGAACCCCUUCAUCUACAGUCUGAGGAAUGCAGACAUCAAGAGGGCUCUGAAAAGAUUUUUGGGUUGGAAAUUAUGUACAGCACAAUGUCUGUGGCUAAAAAUGCACUAA